AUGAAAUUCUCACUUUUUAUUACAAUCGUUUUAUUAUUUACUUUAUAUAUAUCAAAUACAAGUGCACAAUCGCCAUCCAUUUCAUCAAUUACCAGCGUAUAUAGAAAUGAAUCACAAUUAGUUACAGUAACAGGUACCGGUUUUACCGUUGGAACCAAUUUAACAUUGAAAAAUACAUUUACAAUGUAUGGUGUUUCACUCCUUUGUCCACAAACUGUCUAUGUAAACUCUACUAAAAUGACCUGCGUAGUUCCACAAAUUUGGGCCAGUGACUAUACCUCCAUCUAUUUAAAUAAUAGCUAUACCUCCAGAUACCUUACUGUUAUUUCUGCUAAAAUUGCUUAUAUGAAUAUUACCUCAACCGAUUCAAUCUAUGUAAAUGGUGAUGGCUUCUUAACCAACUCUACUUUUGAUUUACAACUUUACAAUAACACCAAAGUCCGUUUAACCUGCUAUAGUGACGUCGAUUACAAGAGUGUCAAUUGCGAAGUUCCAUUCGAUGGUCUUUUAACCGAUUGCUUCAAAGUUAACUAUGCCGAUUCUUUCUAUAGCGCCUCAGUAAACUUUUAUUUACCACCAACCUUCAGAUCAGUAGAGUUAUUAGGUAAUGCUUUAAAAAUGGAAGUCGACUCACACUGUCCAUCUAACACUCCAUCCUACUCAUUCAACAUCAACUCUAUUCCAUUCAGCAGUGUUGUCAAAGCCGAGCCAUAUUUAUUCUUUGAACCAUCAUUCACUCUCUGCACCGAUUUCAGCAAAAAGUUUAACAUGAGUUUAACCUCAUCAUUCUAUACCUUUGGCUCCACCAAACUCGAAUCCAACGUCAUCUUUUUCGACUGUGAAAAAGGUAAAGCUUUCAUGGACAAUAGUGAAGUCGAUCCAUUACCAACCGACUCUUCAGAUCACUCAUCAUCAUCAUCAUCCUCAUCUUUAUUUAACACCAUUAACUUUACAAUUAUUUUAAUCUUAUCUAUAAUUUAUUUAUUCUAA